GUAUUGGUUUUCCMCUUUUUUUUUUUUUUGUCCGGCGGGAGUGUGCUCUCCUUCGUUCCGCACAAGGGUUUUGCUGAUUAAGGGUUUAAGACAGAAGUGACAACGAGCGAGCGAGCGUGAGCGAGCGAGCAACUAGCUCUAAUCCAGCUUCAGCCUUCAAUGGCGUCCGCCAUGACUUCCCUAUCGAGAAGGCUGUCUCGUUCUUUUAUAUCCACCGCAAGACCCGCUCAUGUUUCGUUGAGUUUCUGCACAAAUAUUACAUCCAACGAUGAAUCUGAUUCAGAUGAUUCCAGGCUCGGAUUUGAUAGAAACUCCUCCUCUUCCACCACCACCACCACCUCCUCCUCCUCCUCCUCCUCCUCGUCACCGUCGUCGUCUACGGACUCGAACCAACGAAGGCCCAUCUACCAGAGGCCCCUUGAAAACGGUAUCGAUGUCGGGGUUUACAAGGCGAUUUUGAUUGGACAGGUUGGGCAGAGUCCGGUUCAGAAGCAGUUGAAGAGCGGUCGGCUCGUUACCCUGUUUUCUUUGGGGACGGGAGGAAUCCGAAACAACCGGAAGCCGUUCGAGAACGAACAGCCGAGGGAAUACGCUGAUCGAUGUGCUGUUCAAUGGCACAGAGUUGCUGUCUACCCGGAGAGAUUGGGUGGACUCGCCUUGAAGAACGUCAAACCCGGGUCAAUGCUAUAUGUCGAGGGGAACUUGGAGACAAAAAUCUUUAGUGAUCCAAUGACUGGUCUUGUUAGGCGCAUAAGAGAAAUUGCAGUUCGUCGAGAUGGGCGUAUUGUGUUUCUCAGUAAUGAUGGUGAUGCCACACAAGUGACACCGCCGACACAAAUGGAAUUGAAAGGUGUUGGCUAUUACUGAGAGCAUGCGGUAGAAAAUGAGGCACUGGUAAAGAGAUAGACGGAAAUUGUGGAAGCCCAUAAAUGAACAUCAUAAAACUCACAUAUGGAAACAUGAUUGUGAAAAUGGAGGCAUGAAGUAGUGCCUGGCUGCCUGCUACACAUUCAUUGAUUAAUUCUUUCUCAGAGGCCUUUCCAUGAUCUUUAUUUUUUUGUUAUUUCAUUUCUUUGAAAGGAAAGAGAUGUACUUUAGAUUUGGUUCAAGUCUAUAGAAUGAAAUCCUUGUCGGGAACA